AUGUGGAUCGUUUAUGACGAGCCUGCGAGCUGCCACGUCACACCUCGCCCCGGAGUGUGCCUGUUUCCCAUGGGACCCCCUGGCCGAGGUGUCAUCCCCGCUCCCAGAGCCUCUCAGGACGAGAAGUGGCUGCCGGAGGUGCAACUUGGCACCUUCCACAACAUAUAUGGAGAGGAGUCCCUGCCCUGCCUCACUCACGUCUGCCUGCCUCAGCAGCGACACACUGACAGCUCCACACACACCGCAGCAGCAGCAGCCAUGGAGGCGUCCCACUGCUCUUCUCUUCAGCUUCCAGAGAACAACUUUCUGCUUGACUGCGAGUCCCUGCUCGAUAGAGCUCGGGGUCCCGAUCCGGCCUUGGACCCGGGCUACUUCAGUGCCGGCAGCAGUCUGUCUCCAACCUCUUCUGUGGACUCUUUCUGCUUGUCCCCCACCUGCCUGCAGCCUGUGGGGAUCGAACACACUCCGUUGGAAAGUUUUGUGUUCAGCAGUCUUCCAGCUCCUUCUUUGAUUCCUCAGACACAAAACCCACUCCUUUCCAAGUCCUCUUCUGCUUCCUCCUCGACUACAAAGGUCUCCAGGUCGAGAUAUCCUGGUAAGAAGCGUCAGAACGCCAGCGAGAGAGAGAAGCUGAGGAUGAGGGAUUUGACCAAAGCCCUGAACCACCUCAGGACUUACCUCCCUCCGUCAGUGGCCCCGACGGGACAGAGCCUGACCAAGAUCGAGACGCUGCGGCACACCAUCCGCUACAUCUCCUACCUGUCUGCCCAGCUGGGCCUGACCGAGGAGGCGCUGGAGCUGAGGAGGUCCACCGGCUUCAUGGAGCAGAGCCAGUCCUCCGGUCAGCCUUCAUCCAGCUCAGAGCAGCAGUCCGCUCUGCAGCACUCACAUCAGGUUUCGAGCGGACUUUGCUUCAGCAGUGAGCAGCACUGGAUGCAGCAGAUCCAGAGUGUCGCCUUCUCUGGACUGAGCUGA